AUGUUGCCGCAGGUGCUCAUCGUGGUAGCUGAAGUCGUGCAAGCCGUGUCUAGCGCCUACCCGUCCUCUGUUUUCCCCCACUUCCCGGACAAAAACCUGCUUCCCAUAGGUUACCAAGACGAAGUGUCUAUCCACGCCAUCGACACCACGCGCGGCCCGGGCGGCAGCGUCAUCCCUCUGUGUCUCUUACGACCUCCGCAAGGUGGCUUCUACAUCGAGGGCAUCCCCUCUCAACCAGCAUCGUUGCCUCCGGACGAGGAUAGCGUAUUCCACUCCGACCCCCAUGCUGUCCUGCUUGUGCUGGACUUAAGCCGUCCGUUCAGGUACCGCGGACAGACAGACUACAUCUUCUGCAUGGGGGAUCGUGCGGCCGAGGGAUCCGCUCCCGUGCGGGAUCUACAAGCAGGACGUUGUGUAUGA